AUGGACCGGGUCAGGAAACUCUCCAUAUCAAAACUGUUUGCAAAGAAGUCUGAAUUCUCGUUUCCAUCCCGCCCACCUCUUCAACACGCCAGCGCCACAUCGCCAAACCCUGUUGAACGCGCUUACGACAGUCCCCAGCUACCCGGCUCCCUGGACGACCCUGACUCAUACAAGUCGGCCAGACGUUCACGAUCAAUGCCUCUAGGAUUUACACUGCCUCCUACCAUACCCAAACCUGGGAAACUCGUCAAGAAAUCCACCAGGUCCAACAGCCUUCGCUCUCGGGAGCGUGGCUCAGAAGCACGGCCAAAACACAAAGGCCCACCCCCUUUAUACAAAGAGGCACUUCGUCACCCAGGCCUUCUUGUCAGCGCACAGCCAAAUGUCACUCGCGCACUGCGCUACGCAUACGAUAGCCCAGAGUCGGACUUGAGCGAAGAAGAAGGAGAGCGAAGGGAACAGGUUCCCAAUCGUGAUGACAGUACUAUCGCUGGAGUCGAAAUGGGAGUACUGGUCUACGAGGCACAGAGUGUGGCUGUUGGUGUAUCUGGGUCAUCUACUGCGUCUCAAGGCAUGCAUCCUAUCAAACGGGAUCCCGCUGCUGUGCUUCAGAGAAGCGCUUCGUUUUCUCAGCCCACUCGCCAUGCUUAUCCGCACCUCAUACAUCGAGCCAUACAAGAACAGACGGUCAACAUGACUUCUCCAAUGUAUUCACGCCCAUCUGCAACACCUAUUCAUAGUCAGCAGCGAUCUGUUACCUCACCUUCUGUCCUCCCGGCCCCCAAUCAUCCAAUCUCCUUUCCUACUCCUACCCGUCACCGCCCAACGCGAUCUUAUAGCCCAGCCAGAAUUCCUUCACAACGCUCGCUGGCUCGCACCCCUCCACUGGGCCCCCCUCCCAUGCCGUUACUCAAUCAUCCUUAUAACACUUCAACUCACACACUUCGUGCAUCCGAUUCUACACUCCGAGCAUCGUCAUCUAUGUCUCGCAUCUCUUCCGCCAAGCAUCGUGAUCGUCCUUAUGAUCUCAAGGACAAGGGGAAGAAGCAUUAUGUUGCAGGCGUAUGCUUGGAUGACUUCCCCGCACCACCAAUGCAUCUUCCAGAGCCAGCAUCUUCUUCCCGUGUGCGUGGCUAUCCGAACGCUAUGUACAGUCAAGCCACCGUUACGCAGCGAAGUCAGACAACACUGGCUCCCUUGCCUGCUGGUGCACGUCCGUCUGCUUUUGUGCAGAAGAGGGAGGAUCCUUGGCUUGCCCGGACCCCGCUGUAUGAUGGGGCGCGACCUUCUUUCGGCUGA